AUGUUCUUCAAGACAACUCCCAUAGAGGAGAUCGUGGGAAAAGCCAUUGCACAGGUUCUUCCUGACCAUGGUAAACCCUGGUAUAGAGUAAGACAUCUUUUGCAACUCAAUCUUAUCUUGCUUGUACCGCUCCUUUCAUCGGCCACCGCUGGUUACGAUGGCUCUUUGAUGAAUGGACUUCAGGCAAUUGACGAAUGGAAAGAGGCAUUCAACCAUCCCAAAGGUACUAUGCUUGGGUUUGUCAAUGCAGCACAAAACUUUGGCUGCGUUAUUGCCCUUCCCUUCUGUGGCUGGCUCACAGAUUACCUUGGUAGGAAGUGGACAUUGUGUAUUGGUCUUUGGGGAAUUGUCAUUGCUACGAUUAUCCAGGCCACGGGAGAUACUCUUGCCCAACUCAUUGCCUCGAGAUUCAUUGUUGGCGGUGCUGGUAUGCUAGCAGUUCAGCCUGCUCCUUUACUUGUGGCUGAAUUAUCGUAUCCAAGCUACAGAGGUAAGAUGACGUCCAUGUACUGGUGCUUGUACUAUUUGGGAGCCAUCUUGGCAUCUUGGGCUUGUUAUGGUACUGCUGGUAGGGGUGAUACUUGGGCAUGGCGGAUCCCAACAAUUCUUCAAGGCGGUUAUCCAGUUGUGCAGCUUGCGUUUUUGGUCUUUGUCCCCGAGAGCCCAAGAUGGCUAAUAUCCAAGGGUAAAGUAGACAAAGCGAGGGAGAUAAUGGUGAAAUAUCAUGCUGGAGGUGACGAGAACAGCCCGCUUGUGGAUGUGGAAGUGACCGAAAUUCUCGGUGCUUUGGAGUUGGAGAGACUGGCGAAGCAAACCAAAUGGCUGGAUUUGAUCGCUACCCCAGGAAACAGAAAAAGAACAUACAUUGCAUUAUCUCUUGGAAUUUUUGCUCAAUGGAAUGGGGUAGCUGUGGUUUCCUAUUAUCUCACAUUAGUACUUGACACUAUUGGGAUCACCUCUUCUUCAAUGCAAACAUUGAUCAAUGGGCUCUUGCAGAUAUUCAACCUCAUAGCGGCCGCUUCGGCUGCUUUGCUUGUGGAUUUUUUGGGUAGAAGAACAUUGUUCCUUUGGUCUGGAAUAGGAAUGCUUGUGUCUUACAUUAUCUGGACCGCUUGUUCCGCUGUGUUUGACCAGAAUGGGUCCAUGGCAGCAGGAAGGGCAGUUGUUGGGUUCAUCUUUAUCUUCUACUUCCACUAUGAUAUCGCCUACACUCCAUUGCUUUUGGGGUACCCUACAGAGAUCUUUCCAUACUCGUUACGGUCCAAAGGUGUUACAGUUGAGCUUUUGGGAGUCUAUGGGUCACUAGUGAUUGCGUCCUUCUGCAAUUCCAUUGCCUUGGACGAUAUCGGCUGGCGCUAUUACAUUGUCUUUUGUGUUUUGCUCGGAAUUAUUGUCCUCAAUACCUACUUCUUCUAUCCAGAGACAAAGGGUUACUCUUUAGAGGAAGUAGCGAAAUUGUUUGACGGAGAGAAAGCCAUGGACUUGGAACUGUUGCUGGACAAUAAAGCCGAAGUGGAGUACAUUGAAACCGUGCCCAAGCAGGGUUAA